CCCUGGCCCCCCGUGCGAUCGAUAGAGAUGCUGGGGCAUGCGCCGUGCUCACUGCAAACAACAUGCGCUGUCUCCUGCUGCUCGUGUUUUCAAUCUUCACCCCAGAAGGGGGAUGCGACCUCCUCCGAGACAGCGUCCACGUGACAUCCGCGGCCGCACGCCCCAACAACGAGCUGUGGUGCUACCGAUGCCUCGCGGAGGUGCCUGAAGACAAGUGCGCCGACCUCAGGCAGAACAACUCCGCGCUAAUACACAAGUGCAGCAAUGACAGGCGGAUGUGCAUGGUAAAACGGUUCUCCUACACAACAUCAACCGAAAACUCUACCACCGGCUUGAAGAUGUGGGCGCUCGAACGCAACUGCACGAAGCACUGUGAACCUGGCUGCAUCAUCAUAGGGGAGAGGACCAAACUGCAUGCAUGCACCUCAUGCUGCACCACAUCUCUUUGCAACUACGACUCGGGCGCCCCCUGGCGGCCUGUCACCGCCCUAACCUCUUUAGUCACCAUUGUCCUCGCCGUCAUUUUAUGAUCGCCCUUUUAAACUAGAAAAACGAAUUGAGGUUGGAAUCAAGACUGUUCAGGUAAAAGAGAUCGCGUGGAAUCUUGCGGAGUGAUGUCAUCAUAGCGAAUCUUUGUCCAUUGACUUUAUAGAGAUGACUCAUAUUUGAUUUUCGACGUGGGAAGAGUUAAGCGUCAGUCUCAAUAAAACCAUAAUCAAUAGCGCUGGUGUGGUCGUUGCCAUUUUUAUAACUUUUUUGUCUUUCUAGCACCAGAUAAAACUAUA